AUGGAAACGAAAGGUGAAGUCGAAGACAAAAGCGGGAAUGCAAGCCACGUGCAAGCUCGUACGGCAAUCCAGGCGUCCCCUUGCUGGGCGCGGGGGAAGGAACUGUUUUUCUUAUCUUUAUUGGAAUCCAAGCGACCUCCAUCUAAAGGAGAAAUUGAUGACUUCAUGAAAGACAAUGCCCACUUGGAUGGAACGAUCCAAGAUUGCCAAAAGAUUCAAAAGAAUGCUGACGCAUCGUAUAAGGAAAAGGCAAGCGGGCGGUUGAUUGGAAAGCUUCUAAAUACGUUGUCAAUUAUCAAAGAAGUGGCCGACCCCUUUCUAGAGUUCGCUCCCGAGAGUGUUAGUAUCGCGUGGUUUGCAAUAAGCGCGCUAGUCCAAAUUGGUGCAACUGAUGUUGAGAAUUGCGAACUAAUCUUCGGCGCUUGUAACAACGUUGCCACGAUCCUUCUGACAUGUAGACUAUACGAGAACCGUUACCAAAAUGCCCCGAAGGACGGAACUGGAAACGUUGAAAUUGGAAGCAGAGAAGUUGAACAAAAGAUCAUUGGAGGCAUACCCGAUGUCAUUGCUUCCAUCUUAGACUUUUCCUGGCACGUCCGCCUGUUGUUUAAGAAGAACAAGUUUGUGAGGGCACUGAAGGAGGCGUUCUCACCCAAGAUAAAAGAGAAGAUAGAUGCAAUAGACGCUGGAUAUGCAAAACUUAGGCAGAUCGCCAACGAUGCCUUCCAAGAACGCAUUAUGGAUUCCGUUGAAGAUUUACGGAAAAGCCUCCAACAGGAUAGAGACGAGCUUCGUUCAAUAAUGUUCCCAGCUCUCGGCGAGAUCAGCGAGAAGCUAAAUGAAAUUUCCGAUGUGAAGGCAAACGUUGAAUUGACACGACUUCGCGAAGAAUUUCGUUUGAAACGCACGGAAUACUUGCGACCAACCGAAACUCAUGUGCAACAAUUCAAUGCAACCUUUGACCCGGUCUCGAAGUACGCGGACCACAUGUGCCAAUGGUUGUUCUCAGACAUACACUACAAGCUAUGGGAGCUUCAUGAUGACGAUAUUGAACAAAAAGAGACUCUUCACAGCCAACUACUCGAUAUCCAUUCCGAAACUGACAAAACAGCACAAUUGAAGAUUCCAAAUCUCUUCUAUAUACAGGCGCGGCCCGGUUUUGGCAAGUCAGUCACCAUGGCAUCAGUGAUUCGAAAACUUUCUUUAGAGCCCAAUUGUAUUGUGGCCUAUUUCUUCUUCAAGCAAGGAGAUGAUAAUACUCAAAAGAGUCUACGUGCCCUCAACAGUCUUGCUGCCCAACUAUUCGACGAUAAAAAUGCACGCACGGUAGAAGAGACCCUAAAACUGACUUCAGUUCUGGACCAAAUGAAGAAAAAAGCACAAGUAUCCCCGCGAGAAGGGGAUGACACUCGCUCGGUCGGCUCAGUUGCAUUUACUAUCGACAUGCUGAAAGAAACCAUACGCAGCAUCGGCAACGCAAUCGAACGCAGAAUCUAUAUCGUAGUUGAUGGAAUGGACGAAUGCAUUGAUUAUGAAUGGGAAGACUUAGUACCGUAUCUUAUUGAUCUAUCAAAACUCGAAAACUUCAGGGUUAUCAUAUCAAGCAGAGAGAGUGAAGAACUCGAGAGCCUCUUCAUUGAUGAUGACGAAAGUGAUUCUGACACUAGUAGCACCACAGAGGAUACUGAGAUAACUGAAAAACCGCCACCAGAUUGUAUUUUGGCGCAAAAAGCUACUAUUCUCAAUAUCACUCAGGAGAGGAACUCAACAGACAUGGAAAUAUAUCUUCGAAAAUCACUGGAACGCAUCAUGAACCAUCGAUCACGAUCGACUCGUACUAACACGAAAUCCGAAAAGGAUGCAUCGCGGGUAGCUAAGAUUAUCAAACGCAAAGCAAAUGGGAUGUUUACAUAUGCGGCAAUAGUAAUAGCUAGCUUGGAGCAGCCGUCUCAGCUAACAUUAUUCCAGAAACUGAAGAACCUCCCAGAAGGCAUGGAUGACUUAUACCGACAGCGACUCGAAGAUCUGAACCACGAAGAGCAAAGACUCGUCUUAACGGCGCUGAAGUUCGUCGUCUGGGGUUUCGGAGGCAUUACAACAGUAGAGAUAGCCGAGCAUUUCAAAAGGAUAUACCAUGGCUCCCCGAAAGGAGCAGACGAUAAGCUACUUGAAGAUGACGAGUCUGAGGAUGAAGCAGAAGAAGAAUCUACAACUACCGGGGACAAUGCGAAUACCGAGGAAGGAGGUUUACCUGCUGUGAAUGAAUCGACUGAAGAUGUUGAUGAAAAAUCAGAGGACUACGAUGCUAUGGAUGAUCCCGAAAUUGCGGAAACAGUUUACCAUCUCACUAGAUGUGGCCGAGACUUCUUCAAGUUCAGCAAUAACCAGACAGAUAUUGAUGUUGUUCACAAGACGGUAAGAGACUGGGUCCAAAACGAAGCUGAAAGGAUGUCGAAGUGGUACGAGAAAUCAGACGCAAGUAGACCUCAAGUCACAGUGAACGAGAAGGGAGAGCUCAACGUUACUCUCCCUAUUCCACCUGGUCUUAUCAGUGGAGGUCGGGGUGUCUCCAUUGAGUUACAGAGCGAGCGAGACGCUCAACUCGAUCUCACUACUGAUAUCCUCGGGUCGCUUUGCAACGAGAAAUUUAUUGAGCGGUAUAUGGGUUUUGGUGUUGAUAUUCCUGGUGAAGCUGGAAAGGAGGAGAAAAAGUCCGAGGAAGGACCAGAUGUGUCAACUUCAGUGCCCGUGGCGCCUCUUGCGGAUAAUGCUUUGAAGGAGCCUACUGCAAGCGCCGAAGGCGAGGACCAAUCUACCGAUGGCAAAGAGAACCAACCUUCGGUCGAGAUUAAAGAACCAACACCCAAAGACCUCGAAGGAGAGGAAGAUGGGCCGAAAGGAAAAGAAGAAGAGUUGCGGCCGGGUAUCGAGGCCAAACGUGCAUUUUCUUUUGCGGCAUAUGAGGUAGAAGAAAAAGAGUUCCGAUACGAGUCCGCGUUCCUCAUAGACCAUCUAAAGCGAGUGGAGGAGCUAUGGCCAAAGGAUGAUCGUAAGGGUUCAAAAUGGGAGGCGUUCUGGGAGAAUUUACGAAAAUUCUUCGAAGGAAAAGCUAUUCGUCAUUGGCUAUCUCAAUAUUUCCAGUUCUGGGAGGGUUACUCUCCAGAUCUGGCCUAUGAUCAGGCAUUCAAAUUCGAAGCACUUCACAUCUUUGCGGGAGAGGGGUGCGCGAUGGUAGUUGAGUUCCUUCUGGUUGACUUGAAAGUCGACCCGAAUAUCCUCGAUAGCGAUCAAAGAACUGCUUUCAAUUUCACUUUCGCGGAGACUGCCUGCAUGAAAUUACUUCUUAAGCACGGCCUUAAAAUUGAUCAGAAGUACAGAGGCAAGUCUUAUUGGGAGCUAAUAAUCACAGAUUUGUGGCUGGAUGGCUGGCUUCACGGAAAUAUCCCCCCAAAGCCAGAAAUGGCCGAAAUCUGCAAAAUAUUUAUCGAUAGCGGCGCUGAUAUCAACGAACAAAUGCCAAUUUUGGGGCCAACUGACCAUUCCGAUGCACUUCAUUGCGCUGUUGCAUCCAAAUCUCUAGCACUCUUCGAUGUUUUAAUGGCGCAUCCCGAUGUUAAGGUCAAUUCAAAGGACAGACACGACAUGACGCCUUUGAAUUGGAUGAAUUUCUCCCCGAAUUCCAAUUAUCCCCUUGAAAUUUCGAAAGCAAUGACUCAGAGACUGCUUGAAGCCGGAGCUGACCCCAACAACCAAGAUUCUAACAGUGGAGGGCCAUUGCUUUUCGCAGUUAGCUUGCAGGACAAAGACGUUGUGGAACUCUUGCUGAAGCAUGGUGCAGAUGUGAACGACGAUAAUAAUCAAGGCCUCACUUCGCUUCACUUUGCUGCCUCAGCUGCGAAUAAAGUUGAUAGGGGGCCCGAGACCUCUGAAUCUAUCCUGAGGCUGCUUUUAAGCUACGGGGCAGACGUGGAGAGAGAAGCGAAAGAUGGAGAAACUCCUCUUCACCGUGCAGCAUGGAGUGGCUACGAGAAAUGUUUCAUGAUUUUGUUCCAAGAAUACCAGAAAAAGAAGGGACCUGAUAAAUCGUUCUUACUCAACUCAUACGGCGAGGAAAAUUGGACUUACUUCCGAAAUUCCGCACGGAACAGAAAGGGUGGGAUGAAAAUUAUGAAGUUUCUCAUUCAGGACUGGACACCAGAACAGCUACAAUCAAUGUUAGCGAACUCGAACGCCAAGAAAGAAACUGCUCUCCAUCUUGCUGCCUUCGACGGAAAUCUCGAAAUGGUCAAGUAUCUGCUCGAGCUUGGCGGUGAUGCGACGAUAAAAAGCGAAUUUGGGACUGUUCUCGAUCGAGCCAUCUGGGGUUGGGCUAAAUCGAAGGCGGAAAUGGCAGAAUACUCAGAGAAGACCCUCCAACGUCAAAAAGAUCUCGAAAAUGUUAUUUUUUUCUUGAUUGAAAAGUUCCCCGAGUUAUGCCAAGGAGGAGGUUCUAACCUAAGGUGGGCAAUCAAAAUAUACGACGAAAAGCUUAUAAAUAAGCUUGUAGAAAACGGCGCCGAUAUUGAAUGGGUAGAUGAGGAGGGUUGGACCAUUUACGAGUACGCUUAUGCUGAAAGGCGUCUUGCAGAUAUGCAACAAUUGCCUGGCUUUACGACCUGGAAAGAAAAUCCCAACCGCAGCCUGCGAGAAACUAUGGUGCCAUCACGAAUGGCCAUCAAAGAGACUCCAAAUAUCUUUGUUCUCUCUGAGGAUGGCCUUGAGUUUCAGACGGCUGAAGGAUUUGUGGAUGCGUAUGGUUUCAAUUACGGUAAAGACACAAAGGCGAUCCAGAUAAGAGCGGAUCACCCAACUGGCGCCCACCGCCCAAUCUUCUAUUUCGAAAUAACCAUACAAGAGUUAGAAGGUUCCAACUCUGGUUUCUCUAUCGGAUUUAUGGCUGGCGGAUGCAACAUGAGGGCUCCACCGGGGUCUGGAUCAGCAGAAGGAGAGACAUUUGGUCUUUGGGGCCAUGGACACAUACAGGCGAGCCGAAACGCAAAAUCCGUGUUUCACAACGUAUCGACAUCUGCUUAUAUCACUCGUGUCGGAUUAAUGUCCUACGAUAAGGGGGAUACUAUCGGCUGCGGGUACGCUGUUGAAGAAGGGAAGAUAUUCUACACCCUAAACGGCACGUACUUAGGAACUGCUUUCGAGGACGUGAGAGGUAGAUUGUAUCCUUCAUUCGGCUCUUAUAACAAAUGCAAGGGUAAAGUGAACUUUGGAACUGAGCCCUUCCUUUUCGAAGAUUUGAGGGAAUAA